CAGAAGUAAGAAAGUUGAAAGAAACCAUGAUUCUGGAAGGAGUUUUGCUAGUAGUGCAGAAACCAUGUCUAACUGAGCUCUUUCUAAUUAUCAGUUCAAUCCUCCUACUCCUCGAAGUGACAGGAAUAGGUUCAAAAUUUAAAAGCACUAUUUGUAUUAGCAUCAUAAUAACAAGUUAUAGUGUUAUUCUGAUAUCUCACCCUAUAUAGAUACAUAUAAAUUAUACGAGAAAGAAGAAGAAAAGAAUAAUAACAACCACAAAGGGAAAAACACAAGAAUCUAAAGAACUUGGGCGUGUGCAGCACAAAGUAUGCGCAGUUUGCCACUGGAGAUCUGUAUCAUCAUUCCUGGUGGUUGCAACUACUACUUGUGCGGGGAUUUCGUUCUCUCCUGAAAGCAUGGAUGAGAUCGAUGCCAAGGCCAGCAUUCAGUAUGUUCAUUCCGGCCAUCCCAAACAGCGCAAGAGGCCACUCCACACCCUUUCCAAACUUGGGAGCAUCUCUGAUCAGCUUCAUGGUUAUGAGAAUGUGAGGCACCACUCUCGCGACGGUGAAUGUCAGCCAGUUGAGCAUCCAUUCCACCUUCACGAUCACGCUCUUAGCGUCACGAAUGCCAGCCAUCCGCCUCACUUUCCUAACGUGAAGGAAGAUGGAGUGCAGCUGUGGAAAACAAUAUUGUGCAAAGAGUCAUCAUCUCAGGACUGCAAAACUGGAAUCCAAGAGCGCUUCCAUAUGCAGCGUUAUGGUUUUAAUAUGAAUUUGAUUGUCUUUUAAGAAGAUUCCAGGGUUACAGAGAGGGACCUACAGAAGGAUAGAACACCGAUUGCUUGCCACGGAAGACACCCAGAAAUAGACAAUCCCUAGAGAUAGGUAAAGAAUGAAACUUUACAGAGAGUCUAUGAGAUGAAAAAAGGACAGAAGCGUACCUCACAGAUUAGGGUGAGAAUGAGAUAGUUGAUUGUAACAUUUCGAUACAAAGCAAGGGUGAAGCAAAUCAGAAGGACCAGGUGGUGCACCAGGAUGGAAGGAAAGGCACCACUGUAGAGUCGGUAAAUCAGCAUAUCCAAUUGAUCAUAUGCAAAGUAACCACUGGAUAAACACAACGCAGGGUACGCCCACUGCCAUGCACUUCCAACCAGUUCUGAGUGCUCGAAUAUCCCAUUUGUGCCCGUACGCAAAAUUUGAUUCGCCAAUAUCAACAGCACUGCCCAACAAGAGUAACAAGAAUCCAAUUAACAAGAGCGAGUAAACAACAGAAAGAAAAAAAAGCCAAAUGGAAUGAACUGCAGACAAACACAUCUAAGCAACCAUGCUUGUCAUUAAAAUAUCUAAUUUAAGCAUCUCAAACUCCGUUGGGCAUAAAGUCGAACGCAUCUGUUUUUGGAGGUACCAAAAGAGACGAAGUAGAUCAAACAAAAUCCAGAAUUCCACUGAAUACAGAUCAAACACAACCCUGUUGGAGCUACCAAAUGGGACAAAGUAAGUCAAACAAACUUAAACAGAGUAA